GACCUCCCAAAUUUCCUCACAUAUGAUACACAUUAUGCCAAACUGCUUGUCUGUGUUCUGUCUGUUUAAUCAAGGCUGGCUUGGGACUGUAUAGCACCAACAAAAAGUUAUUGUAAACAAGUUGUUAAAUGUUGAUAUUAAUAGAUUGGUAACCUUUUCUAGUUAAACUGAAAAUGUGAGAACAAGAUGACUGUCAGUAAUUUCCAGUGAACUUAGUACUCAUGCACUUGGAAAAAAGCGACCUCGAUUAUAGGAAUAUUCGUUGCAAGCUAAACUGCUAACCUACUUAUUUUCGGUUGACUUAGAGCAUAUUUAUAUCAUGUUAUCUGCACAAAUUUGUGUACAGGAAGUAAAGCACAAUCGUCCUAAAGAAAACUAGGCUCUUAGCGAAAAUAUAAAUACACUAUUGCAGCAAUAACGUAGGAAUAUGGAUGUUUCAGCAUCGUAUUUUGUAGACGUUAUUAAUUUACAAAGUCUUCUGAUUGGAUUAAUCACUUUAUUACUUGUACGAUGGCUUAUAACUAGAUCGAAAUAUAAUUACAAUUUACCCCCGGGCCCAAUAGCCUUUCCAAUUAUUGGAAAUAUUCCUCAGAUGGCUACAACCACAGAUAUUAAUUUAAAGAUGAAGGAACUUCGAAAACAAUAUGGAGAUAUUUUCAGACUCAAAUUUGGUUCUGAAACCCUGGUGAUUGUAUGCAAAACGGAAUGGAUUUUAGAAGGAUUGGUAAAGAAAGGAGAGGAAUUCAAAGGAAGACCCUUCUGGAUGUACGUACCACAGAGAUUAAUCCAAAAGAAAGGAGUUUCUUUUAACACUGGAAAAGAAUGGAAGGACUUGAAAAAGUUUACAAUUUCAACACUCCGAGAUUUAGGAAUGGGCAAAAAAAAGCUAGAAGAGCAUAUAUAUUUGGAAACCCAGUCCUUAACCGAUGCUUUUCAAUCUCACAAUGGUAAACCGUUUUCCUUGAAAGACCCGCUGGCACACUUCUCUUUGAGUAUUGUGUAUUAUAUAAUAUUUGAUGAAAGGAUCAGAUUUGGUGAACCUGAGUUUCAGGAAAUAGUUGAUGACUUAAGAUUUUUCUUCAGCAGCAUAAAUGCAUUUAUGCCAGAGAAUUUCUUUCCAUUCUUGAGAUUUGUCCUAUGGAAUUCUCCCCUAGAGGAACUUAUCAAGAACAACAAAAAGAUCCGAAGUUAUAUAAAAGAGAAAAUCAGGCAACAUAAGGAAACGUUUAAUGCUGAUUACAUAAGAGAUUUCAUUGACGUCUACUUACUCACACUUGAGAAGGAACCGAACAGCGAAUCUUUAUCUGAAGAGAAUAUUUUCCAGGCGAUUGUUGAUCUUAUUAUGGCUGGAACAGACACAACAGCUACAGUUCUUAACUGGGCUUUUGUUCAUAUGGCCAAAUACCCUGAUAUACAGAACAAAUGUCGAGCAGAAAUUGAAAAGAUCACCGAUCUAAAUAGACCUGUCACAAUGGAAGACAAACGACACAUGACAUACGUUGCAGCGACUCUACUUGAAGUCCAGAGAAUUGCUCCAGUUGUUACACUCACUGUUCCACAUGCCGCUACGGUUGACACAACACUCGGAGGUUAUGAUAUUCCAAAAAAUACCAUUGUUCAAUUCAGUUUAAUGGAUGCUCAUUAUGAUCCGACGUAUUGGGAUAAACCAGAAGAAUUCCGACCUGAGAGAUGGAUUGGUGAAAAUAAUGAGUUAAAGAAAAAUGAAGCUUACAUGCCUUUCUCUUUGGGUAAGUAUUGUAAAUAGAUUUUAAUAGUAAGG